CUUGGCACACACACACACCCCCACGAUUACGAAAGAGGUGGAGUUUAUCCUCUCCUGUCAGCGUGCCAGCCACAGGAGGCGGCCAGGAAAAGGGCAUUUCCAGGAGUAGCGCCUUUGCCAUCUUGGAGGAAAGGAGCUUUCUCCAGAGCAGGAGAAAGAGGCCGGGCGUCUGCAGCAGGCCCCUGCAGCAGCUGAUUUAUUGUCUCCCCAAGAGGCAAGCAGAGCUGCCACCUUGGAGAUCUCCUUUCCACCUCCUGCCUGGUCCUAAGAAGUGAAGGGAGGCAGUGGGAAAACUCUGCCAGGCCUAGGGACAGAAACCUUGCCCUGUGACCCCGCUCCGUACCUCUUGCUGGGGAUUUUGUGGAAGAGAAUCACACACACAGAGAGAGGACAACUUCUGUUCUCUGCCCAGAGAGUGUGCUUUGGACCAUGGGCAAUGGCAUGAACAAGAUUCUCCCUGGGCUCUUCCUCGGCAACUUCAUAGGAUUCAAGAAUUUGUUAGAUCGAGCCAUUUGUUCUUUCGCUGUCGCCUGGCACUGAAGCGAGGGCUUCGUGCGUAUGCCCGCACAUGAUUUCAGCAUGCGAUUCUACAUAUUCUGGUUUGCCAGGCAGUCAGCAGUUUGAGCAUGCACAUCUAUGCCAAAGACCUGGACCAGCUGAGCAGGCACAAUAUCACCCACAUCGUCUCCAUCCAUGAAUCCGCACAACCAUUUAUUCCGGGAAUCAUCUACCUCCGCAUUGCUCUGCCAGACACACCAGAGGCCAACAUCAAGAAGCACUUCAAAAAAUGCAUCCAUUUCAUCCAUUCCUGUCGCCUGCGUGGAGGGAACUGCCUCGUUCACUGCCUCGCAGGCAUCUCCCGCAGCAGCACCAUCGUCCUCGCGUACGUCAUGGCCGUAACACAGCUGAACUGGCACGAUGCCCUGGAGGCCGUCAAGGCAGCCCGGCCGGUCGCCAACCCCAACCCAGGUUUCCGUCGGCAGCUGGAGGAGUACGGGGGCAGCCGGUCUGUGAAGAAGAUCCACCGGAGACUUGAGCGCAAGUACGGAGCAUCGCCUUUCAGUGACGAAGAGGACAUCAGAGCCCUGCUCCCACCUGGAAAAAGGCACCUGGUCCCCAGGGGAGAUGGGACUCCACAGACCCUGGUGCCAAAGGGCAGAGGAGCCAAGCACACGGACCCCUUUCUGCUGCGGAUGAAGCAGACCUUCUCCUGCCUCCCUGGGUGCUUGAAAUGACCCCUUCUCCAGGAAAGCACAGAAGCUUAGCACAUCGGACUGGUUGGAGUCUAAACCUGGCAAGGGCUGUUCCAUCUCCUGGCAUCACGAAAUGCGCUGGGCUGAGAAACUGGCAGUGCCCACGAGUAGCCACCCAGAUCCAUGUGGUCCCCCCACCUCAGUCCCUUUCACUCACUGAAACGGAGGUAACUGUUAGGAGAGCCAGCCCCAAAGGACUUCUCUGCAGGUUCAGAUGGUAAAAAACGCCAGGCACGAAGG